UCGACGCCCAUUCUCCAUAUAAUUCUCGCACAUCCGUCUGUGUCCCUUCGCCUUCCCAUCCUCAUUCGCCCUCGAACGCUUCGCCAUGCCUAACCAAACGUUCUUGUGCAAACUAUGUGGAUGCGUCGUUUAUGCGCCCAGCCGUGACGCGCAUCGACGGCAGAAGCACCAAAUAUGUUCGGACUGCGUGUACCCAGACGGGGAACGCGUUACGCUGGAGAAGGAUUUCGCAACGGGCAAGUACCAUUGUCGGCGCUGCAAUUACUCCAAUGCAGUCAUCCGUUACAUGCGCACCCACAUAUCGGCGUGCCAUGCGCUCUCGAAUCCCGACGAUGAAGAUGCUGCGUCGAUUGAAGAAGUCGAGGACGGACUAGGUCCACCGCCGUCGCAGCUAGCACGUCCGUCGCAAUGCCCUCCGUCGCAAUGCCCUCCGUCGCAAUGCCCUCCGUCGCAGCCCCCUCCGACGCAGCCCCCUCCGGUCCAUUCCCAACGUCGCAGUCGCUCUUCGCCACCUCCAGUGGCAGUCGGAACUCUAUGCGACCCUGAUGAUCUUUUUGCCCCAAUUCCUAGCCCGUCUCCCGUCUCUCGUUCUCCGCCCAAGUCGGAUUUGCCUGCCUCCUCGCCUCCUUCUUCCUCGCCUCUCGCUCCUCGCCCGCCUUCUCCGGACCCCCUGGUCACCCAUCUGUCCGACCUCUCUCCCCCUGACAAUGCAGAAGACGAGGCUGCGAACGACGACGAUCCGGCCCCGGUCGUCUUACCUGACGACGACACGGAGGUCACCUCCGACUUUCAGCGGUGGGGGAUCGUCGUCAAUCUCGCUCACAAUGUCGUUAUAUGCGUUAGCUGCCAUAAAGUCGUCCUCGCUAGUUCCGUCUUCACGCACCUGAAAUCGCACGGAAUUUUUGACCUCCAUUCGCGCGAUGUCUCGGAAGCCCUCCUUCCGUUCAGUCUCAUAGAUACACGGGCCGCCAUCGUCCCUCGCAUUCCUUUUGGCGCCUCUACCAUCAAUGCUAUCUUCGGCCUGAACAUCAUCGAGGACUGUGCGUUUUGUUCGGUUUGCCAUCGCGGGUAUGGCUCGGUCGACUCUCUGAAGAAGAACCACUUCGCCGUCUCGAACUGCAACCCCGCUCGCCAGUACCACGAAGGCCCUGGCCAAACUUUCUUCACGAACAACUGUCGCCGCGUCUUCCCAGUCUCUCUCCCUGAUCCUGAGCCUGUAGAUCCCUCAACGAGUAUCUUCGAAUCCUUCCUAGCCACGAUUAUAUGCCCGGAUCCCGCUCUGGACCCGCUUUCGGAGCCUGCUAAUGACCGCUCACUUAGCCGCUUUCUGGCUCGCGAGCGAUGGCUCGACGUCGUUCGCAAAUUUCCGCCCGCUUACCUUCACUACCUCAUCGACGAGGAGCCCGCCCAUCCCUUCAUGAAGCCCAUACGCGAGGUCGCCCACGCAUAUUUCGAGAAGGUCGUCCAACUCCUCGCGUACACGUCUCCGCACUUCAAACGGCAGAUGGCUCAGUACGGCGACGGCCCAUACGGCGGUGCGUUCAGUACUGUUCGACCGGGCACAGCGCUCCAGUAUUCCAGAUACUUGGCGCGGCUCGUCGUCUUCGUCCUACGUGCGCAGGAGCCCACGGACUCCAUUCACGUUGUGCCUCUCUCCGAAGACCAGUGCAUUGCGGCUCAACGUCUCGUGGAGGCUCUCGCUUCGCAGUCGGAUGCUGACCUCCACGGUCUCCUCCAUACCCUUCUUUAUGCUCUCGUCACGAACACGCCUUCCGAUGCGACCCUUGACUCGUUCGUCUUCGCCAUCUCAAACUUUCAAGUCCUUACCGCCGUCACCGCCCAAGGCUUCUUACGAACCAACGACAUACGACGGCUCAACGCUCAGCUAAUAUACAUCAUCCGGUCCGUGAUGUUCACCGAACUCGUCUCGCGUAUGCAGGCCGACAAUCUGCAAUUCUACCCUGUAUACCAGCAGCUCCGACCCUUCCUUGUUGCGGAGGCGCACACCCCUUUCGCAUACUGUGCCGCGCUCUCUGGCAUCCUCGGCAGCAUCGAGAGUCAAGAGGAUAUGAUGCCGCAAUUUCAAUUCAAGGAUCUGCAGCGCAAGGUCAUCUUGUUCCACGAUAUCGAGUUCUCGCACGCGUCUGUAGCCACCGUCGUUAGAGGUGCGAUGGCCGAGUACGAUUCUCUGCUAUCGUCGAAGCUCCUCUGCGGUCUUUCCAAGGACGACCCUGCGUUCAGGCUCCCGCAAGAUAUCUCCAAAAUAUUCGACCAACCGCAGAACCAUACGCCCGGCUUCAGCUUCUUCGAGGAUACGCGCAAUGACCUAUCUCACCUUCAGUACGCUCUCCUCCGUCGUUUGGUCGAGCCGCACGGCUCUUCGGGUCCCUUCCACUACGUGCACAACGAGCGUUUGGUAUGGGUAGCGGAUAGCUGUUUACGAUUCCUCCGUGAUGCUUACGAGGCUGAGCAACGCCUUUGCACGAUGAUUCAUCUCUCCUACGGUCAGCCGGCGCGAGGCGAAGAGCUCGCCAGCAUGACCUACCGUAACAUUCCUGGAGGCUCCGCCCGCGCUGUAUACGUCUUACAUGGCAUGCUCGUCCUUGUGGCGGGUACUGGAAGUGCGCAGAAAAGACCGGUCGCGACAAGGUCAUCGUUCGUGCGCCCGCUCCUGAAGUCGCUCAACGCCUGCUGUUCCACCUCGGCGUCAUACGUCCUGCCCAGCACAUUCUCGCCCAGCUUUUCCUGCCGAAGGCCGAUGCCGACAGGUUCAAGCACUACUUGUUCCCCGGUCUGCACAAGACCACCACCGGCGAGGAUGUCUCGGCGUAUAUGCGCUCCGACAUGGAGAUGCACCUCGGGGCCCCUAUUGGCGUCCGUGACUACCGGCAGCUCGUGUCUGCCCUUACGAGGUGGAACCGCGACCCAAGCUUGGCAGCCCAGUCCGCACACCCCUACGAGCACCAGCGUGGCCACGAAACGGCGACGUUCGACGCCCAUUACGGCUUCAGCACCGACAUGCUUGGUGUUGGCAACCAAAAAGCGAUCGUCACGGACAUCGUUGCCAGUACACAUUGGCACAAUGACACAGGGCUUGGUCCGAAGUUCGUCCAGGACGAGUAUCAGCUUGUACUCGCUUCGGACGCAGCUGUCGCCCCAUCCUCGGCAUCUGCGACGGUCUCAGCAGCCGCAAUCGCAGGGGAAAUCCAGACCCACCUCGCCGACUGUCUUCCUGCCGCCCUCGUCACUGUUCUUCUGCCGAAACUUGAGCAGCUUCUCACGCGGUUUGCGGCCGUCAUAACUUCCGAUCGUCCCCCGUCGGUCUUCACAAUCACCCCUGCUUCCGUCGUUCAAUAUCAGGUGCACUCCCAUCGCCUACGGGCCCUGCGCGACUUCUUGGUCAAACGGACGGCCUCGUUCACGACACCGUUGCAGGCCCAGGCCCUCGAGGUCUACCUGAGCCGCAAAGUUAACAUGCUGGUUUGCCUCCCUACAGGUCACGGCAAGUCCCUCCUCUUCUUUCUGCCUGCGAAGAUGUACGAAGCCGA